AAAGGAUAUCGACGAUGUGUCACCGUCUGUCAAAAAUGUUUGCGUGAAUCGUGAACUUAGGUAGGUACCUACCUAUUUGUUGUUUCACAAAUAUUUAAUUAUGAAAUUUGAUAAAAUAUAAAUAUUCUCUAUCGUUUUGUUUGAUUAAAUUUGUAAUAAGAAAAUGUCGACUUCACAAGCCCUAGCGUCACUGACGGCAACCUACACAGAUUCUGAGGGCGAGGAAGACAUCGUGGAGGAUGAGCAGACGCCAGAGAAAGAGGAGCCAAAAGCCGCCCAGUCCGCUCCAGUCAGCCCCAGCAAGGCGGAAGAAGUAAGCAAGCCAGCGUCUGCUCCUGUUUCUCCAAAAAGACGAUUGGUUUCUUAUGUGGAUGACACAGUCGUUUCCGACGAUGAGGAACCACUGUCUCCCACACCUGAAAACCAGGAUGACAUGCGGCGAUUAUCGAUGGAGACAGACACGGACGAGGCCGUGCCGCGGUCUGACCCCGAUGACUCGCAGGACGGCGUGGCCAUCCCGCCCGAGCCCCCCGGGAAGUGCCCCAAAGAAUUACAAGAUGCAAUAGCAAAACACUACAACCGUAUGAUAAGUGAAGGAUUUGAUAUGAAUAGGAUAAUACAAGACAAAAAGAACUUUAGAAAUCCAAGUAUAUAUGAAAAACUUAUCCAGUUUUGUGACAUUAAUGAGCUGGACACUAAUUACCCACCUGAAAUAUAUGAUCCACUGAAAUGGGGGAAAGAAUCGUACUAUGAUGAGUUAGCUAGAGUACAGAAGGUUGAAAUGGACAGGAGAGAAAAAGAGCGGAAAGAGAAAUUGUCAAAGAUAGACUUUGUGACAGGAGUGGUGAAGAAACCGGAAAGUGAUGAUGAAAAGAAACGGAAAUCGAAAUGGGACCAGGCAGCCCCCAAUGUGGGGUCCAAGCCUGCCAUCAAGCAGCCGGGGCUGGUGCAGCAGCCGCUCACCACUAAUGUUACAGGCACUAAAGGUACAAUUAUUUCUGCAUUCGGCUCAUUACCAAAAAAACCUAAAAUAUGACUAUAAUUUCCUCCGGGACUGGCAAAAGGAUGUUGUUCUUACAGUCAGAGAGGUGGCACAUAUGUUGUUAAUCAGUAUCUGGACUGCUUAUAAGAGAUAUUGUUUAUAUGACAGCAAUUUGUAGAUAAGUAAGAAUAAUGUAAAUAGAAUUUAAUAAGUUUUGGUAAGCAUACAACUCUCCUGUCUGUGUCUACCUUGUGCUUCUAUCAGAUAAUGAUUUAGGUGGCCUAAAUCAUCUGAUAGGUCUUCAUUUUUUAAUACAAUAAAUGGUUCAAAAGCUGU